AUGCAAACCAAAUGUCAAGAAAAUGGUUUGCAUGUGAAGAAGGAAGACGUUCGGUUAAUUCUAAAGGCCCUGGAUCCAAGAGGAGUUCAGCUCAGGAAAGCACGGAGACUCCAUCGCCGUAACUACUUUGCAAGAGGACCAAACUACAUUUGGCAUUUUGAUUCUUAUGAUAAACUAAAGCCUUUUGGUAUUUGUAUCAAUGGGUGCAUUGAUGGAUUUUCUAGAAAUAUAAUUUGGUUGAAUGCAUUCACUACAAACAGCAAUCCAGAAAUUGUAGGAGGCUACUACAUAGAAGCUGUGGAGAAACUCAGAGGUUGCCCGAGAAUAGCUAGAGGAGAUUGUGGUACAGAAAAUGUACACAUCAGGGAUUUUCAAAGGUUUCUCCGCCGCAACAGAGAUGAUGGAAACACCAUAGACAGCUACUUGAAUGGGGCAAGCACGGCUAAUCAACGAAUAGAAAGUUGGUGGGGAAUCCUAAGAAGAGAGUCAAUGGAAUUCUUUAUCUCUUUGUUCACCGAUCUUAAGGACAAUGGCAUGUUUGAUGGAUGUUUUCUGGAUAAAAGUGUUCUUCAGUUUUGUUUCAUGGGAAUUAUCCAGGAUGAACUCGAUGAGACAAUGAAAGUAUGGAAUUCACAUGUUAUCAGACCAUCCAAAAACGACAACGUUCCAAGUGGGCGCCCAAAUAUCAUGUACUUGAUGCCAGAGCUGUACAGCACUGAAAACUGUCUGUCUCCAGCAGAUGAAGCUGACCUUCAGCUUUGCAAAAGUGCAUGUACAUUUCGAUCAACAGUACCGUGUGACCCUGAUGUUUACGAGCUCUGCAAUAUUACUAUGGCAGAAUCUCAGAUGGCUUUCCCAAAUGAUUCCAUUCAAGCACUGGAUUUAUACAUACACUUGAGGAACGAAAUAAAAGCCUCCCUGUGAGUUUGGUUUUAACAUUGACACAUGGACAGUGACUGCAAAACAAAACUUUUUAAUAUCAUGUAUAUAAAACUGACAUGAAAACAUUACAUAGUCAUACAUAUUUCCAGGAAUAAACUGAAUCUGUUUUUGAAUUAAAUGAAAUGUUUAAAACAUAAAACUUAAAG